AUGAUUAUAUCUGUAUUGUUGUCCGGUGUCGUUGUAGCGCUUGCGCAGCACAAUUAUGACGACAAUUUCGCCCGAAACAAAACGUUUCCGCUAAGUGCUGCUGCGAUGAUUAUAUCUGUACUGUUGUCCGGUGUCGUUGUAGCGCUUGCGCAGCACAAUUAUGAUGACAAUUUCGCCCGAAACAAAACGUUUCCGCUAAGUGCUGCUGCGUAUGCAGACGAUCCGGAACGUUGUGUUAAAAGAGUAAAACAUGUCAUAGUCAGUUGCGGCUGGUGGAGCAAAUGCUCAGGCUUUGUUGCCAAGAUUCCUUCUGAGAACGCGAUCGCCUUAAGUUUUAGAGGCACUAAAGGUAAAUUACAGCUCAUGGAGAUAUUUGGCACAACACUUACUACCAAAAGGAUUAGAUGGAAAGUCAAUGAUCAAUACUUGGGACAAGUGGGAAGAUAUUUCCAUGAUGCUUUCUAUGGAAUCUGGGACGGUGGAUUGGGUGUGCAUGUGCAAAAACUUUUAAAAGAUUGUGCUGAUUGCAAGAUAUGGAUAUCUUAUUCCUUCCGCGUUGUUCACUAUCGUGACGCUGUCGUUCAACUGCCUUAUUGGUAUGAGCAUCAUAGUCGAGAGGUCUUUUACAAAGAAGACAUGAAGCCGAAUGAAUUUCACGUAUGUGAAGGUGCAUAG